AAAAGUAAGUAGUGCCCCGCCCUUGAAAGGUGUUUGGGCAACCCUGUAGUCUUCGAACCCCGUAGAUUACUCUCUUCUGCCUGUCCAUAGCAGUAACCCAGACACUGUAAACUCUAGCUUUUCGUCGACCUUGGUGGACUGACGAUGGUCUUCCAACUAUCAAGGUUGAAGUUGGCGAUAUUUAAACUCGCAUCUGAAGAUCGUGACGUUGCUAAUCCCUGAUCCCUACAACCAACUACCCCUCAUGAACAACAUCCAGACAUCAGAAUUCUACCUUCAGGCAUGCCUUGCGCUAGGGCACCAGCCUCGCCACUUCAUCCACAGUCAACCGAGAUGGUGGUGGCUGCUGCUGCGAGACCUCAACUUCAGCCGACCAGGUCGACCUCUUGUGGCUGGCGGACGGAUUCCACAGCGAACCAAAACAAUAGUCUUAAUCGUGGGCCUCGAGGCCCUGCUUCACGAAUAGGCCCUGCUUCACGAAUCGGAUAUACCUCAUCGGGAGCAGAUCAUUGACAUUCAGGAUACCCUCAAAGACAUCCUGGCCCAAAGCAAAAUAGGGCAACCAAGCAUGUACCAAGCAGAGUACCUCGAGUACUUCAACACACCAACACUGCUGAUGUGGGAGAAAGAGGUAAUGAACUCGAUUCAUUGAUUGUGGCUUUGGAAGGGUUGAAAGGGGGGAUCAGCUAGCCUACUGAACUCGGACGAUGUAGACCUAGCUUGAGU